UUAAACAUGAAAGGGAAUUAUUUUGUAAGCCUACUUGCUAUUUUUCUAAUAUCAGAAUAUGCUGAUGCAGGACUCUAUAAUUGUAAAAUGCCAGAACUGAAAAAUGGAAGAGUUAAAAUGAGCAGAAAACAUGGCAUCGUUUACUUUCGUUGUAAAAGAAGAUUCAAACUUGUUGGGAAGGAUUUAAAUGUUUGUCACAGUGAUGUCCCUGAGUGGAGAGAUCCUAUGCCAGUUUGUGUCGAACGCACUUAUAAUUGUACAAGGCCAACACUUAAGAAUGGUCAUGUUCAAGAGAUAUUCAGGGGACGCCUUUUUAAGUUUCGUUGUGAAAAGGGAUUCAAACGUUAUGGACGGAAGAGGGCUCUCUGUAAUGAGUAUUCGUAUGUUCGUACACCUGUUUGCGCAGCGGCUGGUGAAAAAUGUCGUAAUAUAUCAGUAGACAGAGAUCUGUUAGUUCCUAAAAAGCGGAAUGGUGGACUUCUGAAAUUCUCCUGCAGCUCUGGUUUACUUUUACAUGGGAACAGGUUUAUCUAUUGUGAUGGGUCUUCAUGGAGUAGCAAACCUCCAAUAUGCAUUGUCCAAUAUCCAGUGAAAUUAUGUGACUUCGAAACAGCAGAUUUAUGCGGGUGGAUCCAAGAUAAAUCAGACAGUUUUAACUUUGACUGGAUACAAGCAACGGCUGCUCAGAACAAACACAUCAAUGGAACUGGACCUUGGUCUGACCACAACUAUUCUGUUAAAGGCAACUACUUAUUUAUGAAAGCAUCUAGAGAAAGAGAGCCUGGGGAAUACCCUAGAAUUAUAUCUCCAUUGUACACACCGAAGGCGGCAGGUGUCUGUUUAGAUUUCUACUAUCAUAUGCUGGGACCAGAUGGAAAAAAUGAUGUAGGGUCACUGGAAAUUGAAGUAUUUGACUACGAUAAUAAGAGUUUAAAUAGAGUUGCUGUGUGGAAUGUUUCCGGAAAUCAAGGGGAUUUCUGGCAUAAGGGUUCACUGCAAAUCAAGAAGCGGACAUCUUUUGUUCAGAUUGUCAUCACUGCAACUCGAGGGGAUGAUUUCCGUGGCGACAUAGCAAUUGAUGACUUCUCUUUCUCAUGGUGUACAAGAGAACCUCUCCUUAACUGCGAGAAGCCUAGCAUUAACAAUGGUAGAGUUCAUGUACGAGACUGGGCCAGCUACAUAUUAUUUUUUUGUAGAGAAUCAUUCGAACCUCAUGGCAGAUCGGACAAUUUUUGUGAUAAAGGUCAAUGGUAUUAUCCUCUACCUGUCUGUGUCGCUAAUGGUACACGGUGCCCAGAAGUAAAAGGAUACGACAAGUAUUUAUCAAUUCGCAAAAGUCUGAAUGGUGGGCUUCUGGAAUUUUCUUGUAAAUAUGGCCUAAAAUUGAAAGGGACAGACUUUAUUUAUUGUGAUGGUUUAUCUUGGAGUAGCAAUUUAUUACCCCACUGUAUUUACGAAGAACCAGAGAAAUCGUGUGACUUUGAGACAGAAAAUCUGUGUGGUUGGAAACGAGAUGAAUUGAACAACAUUUACUUUGAGUGGAGACGACAAACGGCCAGAGAGUUAACACGUAACAGAACCACUAAACCCGACCACAUCUUCAAAGGUGACCACGUACUAUUAGUGGGGACGUGGACGAGAAUUCCUGGUAACUCGUCACUGUUUUCGCCAUACUAUGCGCCAGUAGAUAGCGGUCUCUGCUUUGAGUUCUGGUAUUACUUCUUUAAUCCAGAUAGAGAAAAAAAUGUAGGGCCUUUAUACGUUAAGAUAAGUAGCUCCGGUAACAGUUCUUGGAAUCCAUCGACUUCGUUGAAUAUUUCUGAAUACCGGGGAGACUAUUGGCAGAAGGGGUCACUGGAAAUUGGAGAACGGUCGUCGUAUUUUCAGAUUAUCAUCACAGCAACUCGAAAAGAGGGCCGCAUGGGAGGUUUCGUCAUUGACGACCUAUCGAUCUCCAACUGUACCAUGGGAUAAGAACUGACUUACAAAAAAAUGAAUACAUGUACAUGUAUGAAGACACGUGUAUUUGUACAAGUUCCUUCAUUUAAUGACAAUUUUGCUUAAAUUGUAUUGUUUGGUUGUACAUUACAAAAAUAAGUCGUUCUUUUAUUAUAUUACAUUUCUU